GGGCGGUAAACUUUCCCCAACCGGUCACAGCCCCGCUGUCGGGAUCGGCGGCAUACCCGGCGAAGACCGACGCGGAGACGUCCACCUUGUCGCUCCCAACUGACGCCUCUCCCCCCGGAGUCGCUGUUCACAUGCGCCUUGCUUCGCUGAACGCCGUUUGUUUGUUGAAUCGAUUCGCCCCGGUCGCACUGACCGUUGCCUUGGUGGCGUCAGCCGCUGCGGCUUGGGCUGCGCCGAAAGCCGCUGAGAUCUUCCCCGCGGAGACCGUCGGCUUUGCUGCGGCCGAGGACGCCGUCGAUCUUGGUCCGCAGGCGGAUGAGCGGANNCAGCGUCUCGGCGUGACGAUCGACGAUUUUCGCAACGUCGCCACCGGCGAGGUGGCCGUCGGCGUCGUGAAGUCGAAUGUCAAGAACCAACGCGGGACGCUCGCCGCACUGGUCAACGCAACGGGACGUGACGCCGAAGCGAAGUCAUUGCUCUCGAGUAUCGACAAACGCUUAACGCAACGCGGCGCCAAGCGGUCCACCGCGGGCGAGCUUACGGUCUAUGUUCUCCCCGAGGAUAAGCAGGCAGACCUAACAGAGCGCACCGCCGCUGUCUUCCACCAAGGGGGCUACGUCGGCGUCGCCGAGAGCCAACAGGUUGCGGCCGACUUUCUCACCCGCCUCCGCGGUCAGAAGUCGGGAGAGGUGCUCGCAAACGUGGCGGCCUACAAAGAAACCCAAGCCCGGGCCCGCAAGGCCGCCGGUCGCUCCGAGACCCACUUGAGUUGGUAUCUCGCGCCAUUCGAGUACCAAGCCGCUACCCGCGACGCCAUAACCGAGGGCGUGCUGCCGGACAAGAAAGACACGCUAGCCAUCCUCGCCGAGCAGGGCUUUGACGCCAUUACCGGCAUCGGCGGCUUAGUAAGCGUUGCGACGUCGCCGGAGCGCGACUUCGUGCACCAUACCUUCGUUUUCGCGCCCCCGAAGCCAGGGACCGCGGGCAAGCCAGCGGACCAGCGGUACGAGGGGGGGAUGCGGAUGCUCGAACUCCCGAACUCCGCCGAACGUCUCUCGGCCGAUAGCCCGCCGGUCGAGCCGUGGGCGCCACGCCAGGUGGCGACCUACAAGACCCUGCACGUCGAUGUUGAGAAUGUGUUCGAGCACCUACCGUCCACCUUCGACGCCUUCGCCGGCUACAAGGGCGCCUUCGAGAACGUUCUCACCGGACUUGAGAAGGACCCCUACGGACCCAAGAUCAACGUCAAGCGUGAUAUCCUCCCGUAUUUCGGCACACGGGCGGUCGUGAUGACCGACUAUACGCUUCCCAUCGAUCCCAAGUGUGAGCGAUACCUGCUCGUGAUCGACGUCAAGGAUGAAGCCGCCCUCCGCGAGCCGAUCGACCGCUGGCUCUAUAGCGACGGCGCCGAACAGAAGGAGAUCGAGGGCGUUCCCUAUUGGGAAAUGGUUCCCGAAGAUCAAGCCCUGGGGCACGACGACCUCGACCCGCUGGCGCCGCUCGGCGAGCCCGUUCAGCAGGUCCAAGGCGAGCGUGAAGAGCGAGUCCUGCAACGCGCCGCCGUCUGCCUCCACCAGGGCCGGCUAGCGAUCGCUUCCGACGCCGACUUCCUCCGUCAGGCGGUGUUCGGCGUGUCGGCGGGCGAGUCGCUCUCGCACAGCCCCGACAUGCGGGCCACGAUCGGCGCCCUCGCCGAUAUCGCCCCCGGCGAUCGCUGCGUCUGGACUUUUACCCGCAGUGACGAGGCGUUCCGUCCGACGUACGAACUUGUCCGCGAAGGCAAGAUGCCCAAGUCGCAGACGUUCUUCGGCCGGUUGCUUAACCGCAUGAUGACCACCGAAGAGCAACGCGAAGUCGGCGCCGAGCGAGAGCAGAAGGUCCAAGGCGACCGCCUGCCGUCGUUCGAACUGGCCCGCCGGUACUUCGGCCCCUCGGCGCGCAGCGUCCGCAGCGAAGACGACGGCUGGCUGAUCAGCGGCGUCGUGCUGAGCAAGGCGCCAGAAGGCGACCGCCCGGCGGCGUCGGUUGCGCAGAACCAACGAUAG